GCAGCGGCGGAAGGGUUAAGCACCUGCGGGCGAGAGGCGCGCUCCUUGCUGGCUCCACCUUUCGGCCGAGCGAGAGGAGGGUCCGGCGGCGGCGGCGGCGAGGCGCUUCUCCCCCGGCUCAGAAGCUGGUGCCAUCCCCAGCCGCCGCCGCCUGCGCUCCGCGUGGGGACCCCGAGACGCCUCUCUUUGUGCUCCUCCAACCCAGAGAAACUUCUCCCGGCUCCGAGGCGUCCAGCAUGUUCCAGUGGAAGAAAACCCUCUACAGAAGCGUCUUCCUCUCCUUCCUGCUGGUGGUGACGGUGACGGUUUUGCAGCGGGGCAUGGCGCCCAGCCAGUUGCUCCAGGGCCAGCCGCAAAAAGAACUCGCGGUCCAGGAGUCCAUGAAAGCUCAGAAGCGGGACGGCGUGCUCCCCGUCGCCAGUGACUUCUGGAAGAAGCAGGGCCCGGCUCUCAAGGCCGCGGAAGCGACGGAGAAGGCGGUUCGGUCUUGGGACGUCACCUCCGUCAACUGCUCUGCCAACCAGAACUUCAGCAAGGAGGACUGGUUCAAAGGCCUGGAGCCCAACUUCCGGCAGUUCAUGCUGUACCGCCACUGCCGCUAUUUCCCCAUGCUGAUCAACCACGCGGAGAAGUGCCGCGGAGACAUCCACCUGCUGAUCGUGGUGAAGUCCAUCAUCACCCAGCACGACCGGCGAGAGGCCAUUCGCAGGACGUGGGGCCAGGAGAGAGAUAUGGAGGGCAGGAAGGUGCGAACCCUCUUCCUCCUGGGCGUGGCCUCCAAGGAAGAGGAGCGGGCCAAUUACCAGAAGCUCCUCGACUAUGAGGACCGCAUCUACGGGGACAUCUUGCAGUGGGACUUCCUGGACAGCUUCUUCAACCUCACCCUCAAAGAAGUCCACUUCCUCAAGUGGUUCAGCAUCUACUGCGACCACGUGCGGUACAUCUUCAAGGGCGACGACGACGUCUACGUCAGCCCCAGCAACAUCCUGGAGUUCCUGCAGGACCAGAAGGCGGACAACCUGUUCGUGGGGGAUGUCCUCUUCAAGGCCCGGCCCAUUCGCAAGAAGGAGAACAAGUACUACAUCCCCAACGCCUUGUACAACAAGAACACCUACCCACCUUAUGCAGGCGGCGGUGGUUUCGUCAUGGAUGGCUCCCUGGCCAAGAAGCUCCACAGAGUCUCGGAGAGCCUGGAGCUCUACCCCAUUGAUGACGUCUUCUUGGGCAUGUGCUUGGAGGUCCUCAAGGUGACGCCCGUGGCCCACGCCGGCUUCAAGACGUUUGGCAUCGUGAAAAACAAGAAUAGCAAGAUGAACAAGGAGCCUUGCUUCUACCAGAGCAUGCUGGUGGUCCAUAAACUCCUCCCCUCAGAGCUGCUGGCCAUGUGGGAUCUGGUCCACAGUAACUUGACGUGCUCCAGAAAGCUCCAGAUCCUUUAGCUCUCCCUGUUAUCUCUGUCUGAGGGGAAAACGCUUAAGGGGAAGACAUUUGUUGCUCAGAGCCGUGAGCCAACACCCAGCACUGUCUUUUCCAAUGGUGUUGAAGGAGGAACCAUAUAUUUUUGGGAAGGGGGUGUUUGAAGGGGGACGAAGCUCUGAAAUGUUGAUUUUGGGGGUAUUUUAUUCCCCUUUUGGUGGUUUUUUUUUGGAUGCCGCGGAAGGGAGUUUGACAAAGAUGGGCUGCUCAGCCCUGGAGGUUCUUCUACCAGCUUUCUUGCAGAGAUACCGGAAGGUUCUCUGUGGUGACCAGACCAAAGUAGGGCAGAGAUGCCCCUUUCGUUGCUGUUCGUUUUGUGACAUACUUUUCAGCUGAGGGCUGGUCCCGCAGCUAAAACACAACUCUGUGUGUGCGUUUGUGUAUGUGCGAAAGAGCGGACCGUUCAAAAGAGAGCGGAACGAGUUUUUGAACCAACACUUGAAAUAUGAACUCUUCCUCUCCCUUCCUUGCUUUUUGUCGCGGGGAAUUUCAGAGAAAGAACGGUUUGGAUAUUCCUCUGCUUGGGGUGGGAGGUGAUGUUGCUACAGGCCAGUGUGCAUCUCCUUCGGGCAUGGCUGGCUGCAGAAGUGCCUGUGUGUAUUUCUCACAGAAAUUCCUUUAUGAAGGAAAGACCAGCCCUCUCUAAGCUGUAUAACACUCGACUGCCAUCUUUGCCAACCUGGUGCCCUGAUGUGUUGGCACUAUAACUCCCAGCGGCACUGGCUGCGGCUGACAGAAAUUGUAGUCCAAAACAUCUAUCGACAUGACACCAUCUAUAAAUAGAGGCCAGUUUUGGUGUUUUUUUUAAGAAAAAAGAAGUGUCACCAUGAGGGGAGAGGGAUUUUUGUGUGUGUAUUUUCUCUCUGUGUGGUAAUUUAAAACAAGAAACGCACCCAAAGUUGAAAGGAAGAAAACCCAUCCAACAAUUGUCUUCCAGUUGGGGGAACAAAGCAAGUCUCUCCCCCCCCCGGCUGACUGUAUCACAUGGGGGUAUAUUUAACUUUUAAAAGAUAAGUUAUGGUUGAAUAAGAAUUCAUUUCUUACCUAGAGUUUCCCCUGUAAAGCAGGGAUCUGUCAGUGUGUUGCAUUGCAUUUUUAUCCUUGUGACCUGUUUGGGCAGCAGCCGACCCCAGGACCUCGAGCCGGCUCUAUCAUUGGGCAGAACGUACAUCGGGCACCAUGUGCCUCUUUCAUAGAAGUUACAAGGUGAGAAACUGCUUCCUCCCAACGCCCUGGUGUGAAACCAGGCAAGUUUUGCACAUACAGGUACGUUUGUACGCUGUUCCAGCCCCUGGCCACCCACCCACCCUUUAGUCCUAUCCCAAUCCCAUAUUUUAAAUCCAUACUUAAAAAGGAACAGGCAGAAUCCAGAGUAAUAAAAUAAGAUUGAUCCAACAAAAGGCAGGGGACAAACGCUUCUGACAAAUUAUAAGAAACUCCAAAAUUCAACAAAGGAAGAUUAUUUAGAUAAGGGAAAAGCCAUGAGGUGUUUUUGAUUGCCUACCAAUUGUAACUUAUCCGUUGCCAUUUCUCGCCCAGUAUUGACUCGGCCCUAAUCAGCCAACUUCUUGCUGUUGAAACUACAAUCUCCAAUUAAACGCUACCUCGAAUUUUGCUGUAAUCGACGCUCACCUACUUCACUCCCCUUGAUGUCGGGCAGGGGAGGCCCAUCCUGUUUUGCUACCUGAAAUGGAAAUUGGCAGCUCCUGCCCUGCUCCCUUUUGCAUCCCACCACUUCUGUUGCCACCGCCACAGCCUGGUUCUUGCCGAAAUCAGUGGGAGCCCCAGUGCUCUUCGAAGUGUCGCCGCUUGGCUUCUCCCCCGGGGACAGAAAAGAUGAGUGGCAAUGCGGUGCACCAGAACAGUUCCCUCGCUGGCAGAGCACCGCCUCUCGCACUUGUACCGCCUGAGACAGGCGCUUAUUCCCGGCUCUGAUGUUGGGGAACCACCUCAUCUUGCUUGGUCCCCUACAAGUGGUAAAUUGGGCAAAAGAUUCCGCCUCUCCUGUCCUGUCCCAUCUCACCCCAGCUGUACCAGAUGUUUUGUUCCUGCUGUGGCAGAGUUGGCUGUCUUUGUUUUAAGCAUGUCCUUAUCCCAUAAGUAAAUAAUAUACAUUUGGCAAGCCGGUCCUUAAGACAUCUUCAAUUUCACUUGAUUUUAAUUAAAAGUGCUCCUCCAGUGUUGCUGAAAUUCAGGAAUCUUCGUUUUAUUUGGAAGGGGUGCGAAGAGAUCCUUUGGGCGCGAUUUGCUGCGUUGCAAAGGGGGGUUGGAUGAGUUGGGAGAGGCAUGGGGCAAUUCUGACCCACAUCCCUUCAUGUUGAUUGGAGAAGAUUUGGAAAGCUUUAGGAUGUGGCCGGUUGCAUGAACUGGUAGAAGGCAGAAUGUUUCAGAGAGGGGUUUGAACAGGUGCCAACCAGCCCACAGCGUGAUGGAGGACUUAAUAUUGAGCGAUGCCACAGCCAGGAACAAAACAUCUGGUACAGCUGGGGUGAGAUGAGCAUUGCUCAUUGGCUGUUCUCCAUAGCCAACUGCAUGAUGUUUCCCUCUUUCCUUAGUGUAGCAGUUGCAUAGACAAGUUGCUCACGCUCCCCAACGACAGAGCCGGCUCCAGGAAAUGGCUUCUUGCGCUGUGGGUCGUUCCAACGGCAAAGACUCCAGUCAGACUUUUGAGUGACGUUUAUUACUGUGAAACUUUUAAUUUAUGAUGAUUAUUUUUUUCCCAAGGGGGAGGGGAGAAGGGACACCUGCCCCUCCCUCCAAGAAGCAACUGAUUUUUUUAUUCCUGCUCAGUUUCACUUCCAGCGGGAACGGCUGGCACGGUAUCUCAUCCCGGGCUGCGCCUGACGACCAUCGCCUGCGGUGGAAAUCCUUCUGCGAUCUCUAUGAGAAGACACACGUGCUAUAAUUUAUAUGUGUCUGCAGUGUCUCUGAAUGUCUAUUAUUUAUAGCAGGUUCCGUUGCACACUCAGAAACAGUGUGGAUGCUUGCAGAUCUCUCUCUCUCUGUGUGUGUUGCUUCGACAUAGUGGAGUUGUACAUAUGAUUGCCAUAAGAUUUAUGGAUAUUUUGGGGGUUUCUAAAUAAAGGUUUGUGCUAAAAAGAA